ACAGUUGUUCAAUUAAUGAGUGAACAAAGUGUUUUACAACAACAAAAACUACGAAAUAAAAAACGACUUAUAUUAAGUUUUCAAUUUAAGCCUGAAUAUUACAAGGACGCCCCACAUUUCCGUCGUGUUGGAGACGGUCCUGAAUAUCGUUUGGAAAUACCUAGUGCAAAAUUAGACUUUACCGGAACCUAUUCAGUUAUAGCGAGCAAUUGUUAUGGCCAAACGCAGGCCAUAAUUUCAUUACAAAUCUACGCCAAAGACAUAAACAAAAUAAAAUCAAUGGAAAAGGGUUCAAUACGUCAUGGAAAUGUCGAGACUCUUCCAUUAUUCAUUCGACCUCUAAAAGACUUACGAUGCUGCGAUGGUGAUGCAAUCACUCUAGAAUGUCACGUCGAAGCCGUUCCAGAACCAGUCAUUAUUUGGGAAAAAGAUGGCCACGUUCUGCAUAGCGGCAAAGAUGUCGACAUGGUUUAUGAUGGAACCAAAGCCAUUCUCUCUGUUCGAAGAGUGUAUCCAGAAGACGAGGGAGAAUACACCUGUGUUGCAAAGAACAAUGUUGGUCGAGCUUUUUCAUCCGCCUGCAUCAUUGUUGAUGUUCCUGAAGAAAAAGAAAAUCUUCUAAGUCGACAAUUGGCUCGUCCAUCGGGCUUAUUGUCAGCAAGUUCAACGCCUCGCUCAACCCCGCGAACAACACCAAAUCGUAGUGUUUCCCCUCUAAGACUGUCCUUCCGCCAUACUAGCAUUGAUCUAACUACAAAUCGAAGAAUUGUAGCUGCUCCGAAAUUCUAUGCCAUUCCUCAUAACAAAGUUGUCGAGGAAGGUGAUAGUGUUCGAUUCCAAUGUGCAAUCACCGGACAUCCAACACCAUGGUCGACAUGGGACAAGGACGGAAUGAUUGUCACACCAACUACCAGAAUUUCAAUUAAAGAAAUCGAAGACUUAAGAAUUCUAGAAAUCGAUGAGGUAACUUUCGAUGAUGCUGGACUUUAUCGCAUUACACUAGAAAACGAUUAUGGACGUAUUGAGGCUACAGCAAGACUUGAUGUCAUAGGAAGUAGCAAACAUUCAAAAUCACCAAUGGGACGAGCUGUCCGAUCAACAUCUUCCCGAAGGAACUUUUUCAUAUCCCGCAGAAUAAUGGGACCAUCGACAAGAAUUGGUGGACGAAUGGCAUUGUCGACAAGUAUGCGAGGAUCAUCAGUGCCAGCGAGAAAGUUCUAUCAUAAUGGUGAUGAGGUUAUGGAAUCGGAACGAGUUCAAAUUGUAUUGACAGAUAGUGAAGCUCGUCUGAUUGUUGAUAAUGUCACAGAGGCUGAUGAGGGUAUUUACACAUGCAUAGCACAAGAUGAAAAUGGCGCCCAAGCGACUUCUACUGCAGUUGCAUUUUAUAAUGACGACACAGAUAUACCGUGUGAUCCACCAAAAAUAUUAAGACACUUAUCAAAGACAUUAGAAGUGUGCGAAGGUGCGACGACAGAUCUUGCAUUUGAGCUUGAAUGCUACGAGCCUUAUGAAUAUGUUUGGACAAGAAAUGGAGAAGUUUUACCAGAUUCAUCUGAAUUUAAAUACAUUGAUCACGGCAACGGUAUCAUCUGCCUUCGCAUCCAAGAUACUUUCGACCUUGACACUGGUUUAUACAAAUGCACUGUGACGUCCACCUAUGGAACCUGUUCGACAAGAUGCGAGCUACAAGUCGAUGACCGACAUCCCGCCGCAGUUAGCCACGAUGACGUUGAUAGAUCUGGUCUAGCGAUACUCAAAAAUCCACUUCCAGUACUCGGAAUGGAAGGCAUGAUCACUUCGUUUUGUGCCAAAGUUUAUCCACCUAAUUCACAAACAAGUUGGACAAUUUGUGGACGCGAUGUCACAAUUGACUCACGAAAUUUUUCGCUUGAAGAAUCACAUUCGGAUGGCGUAAGAAUCUUACACGUCCUCGGUUUGGAUUACAGUCAUAGCGGAGAAGUGCAAUUUACAGUGCAAAGCGCCAUACGUCCAAAAACCGAUCGCAUUACAACUUGUACAAGUUUGGUUGUUUUGCCAGGCUUGCCAAAGGCUCAUUUCCAACUGGACACUUUAGCCACUGAGGAAGCAUCGGCUGUUCCGGCAUACAUUAAUCAAGGUCCGACGGAUUGUACAGCUUUAGUUGGUGAAACAGUGAGAUUGAACGUCACAUUUGGUGGAUAUCCAGUGCCUUCUGUUAAAUGGUUCAAAGCGGGCCGUCCAAUAAUCGAAGGUUCCAAUAUCAAAGUACACACAACUGUCGGACAAUCGGUACUUGAACUUUUAUCAAUUACUGCCGAUGAUAGUGGCAAAUACACAGUGGAAGUCAUGAACGAUCACAGUAGUUAUUAUUCGGCAGCUUCGGUGGCGGUUGAAGGACCACCAGAGCCACCUAGCGGCAAACCAAGUAUAUCACAGGGGCCAGAUCGUAUUGCGGUGGCAUGGUGUGGACCACCAUACGAUGGUGGAUGCAUGUUAACAGGAUUUAUAAUUGAAAUGCAAGAAGAAAAUAACGGUGAAUGGAAGGAAAUUGCAACAGUUGUGGAUUCCUUAGCUUAUACAGUAAAGAAUCUUACACCCGAAUCGGCUUAUAGAUUUCGUGUUCGAGCUGAGAAUAUCCAUGGAAGAAGUGAACCAAGUUUGGCAAGUGAUAGAGUUGAAAUUGCUGGCCAAGAAGUUGCCAAUGAAGACUUCCAAAAAACAAUCUCUAUCAAAUCAGGAGGAGAUUUCAAACACCGUUUCGAAAUUAUCGAAGAACUCGGAAAAGGUCGUUUCGGAGUUGUCUAUAAGGUUCAAGAAAAGGACACAUCUCAAAUUUUGGCAGCCAAGGUUAUUAAAUGUAUAAAAUCUAUCGAUCGACAAAAAGUCAAAGAAGAAAUAUCCAUCAUGCAAUCGUUGCAACAUCCAAAACUUUUACAAUUGGCAGCAUCAUUUGAAAGUCCUCGAGAAAUUGUUAUGGUUAUGGAAUAUAUUACUGGUGGAGAAUUAUUUGAACGUGUUGUUGCUGAUGAUUUCACAUUGACUGAACGAGAUUGUAUUUUGUUUUUGCGCCAAGUUUGCGAAGGUGUCGACUACAUGCACAGUCAGUCAAUAGUGCAUUUGGAUCUCAAGCCAGAAAAUAUUAUGUGCCAUACUAGGACUAGUCAUCAAAUCAAAAUAAUUGACUUUGGACUGGCACAACGACUGAAUACAGACUCGCCAGUUAGAGUAUUGUUUGGUACACCAGAAUUUAUUCCGCCAGAGAUCAUUAGUUAUGAACCGAUAAGCUUCCAAUCGGAUAUGUGGAGUGUGGGAGUUGUAUGCUAUGUAUUACUUUCUGGCCUUUCACCAUUUAUGGGCGACACUGAUUCGGAUACAUUUUCGAAUAUUACCCGAGCUGAUUAUGAUUUCGAAGAUGAUGCCUUCGAUACAGUAUCACAGGAAGCAAAAGACUUUAUUUCCAAUCUAUUAAUACAUCGCAAGGAAGAUAGACUGACGGCAAAGGAAUGUUUAGAAUCCAAAUGGCUAACACAGCAUCAUGAUGAGAAUCUAAAUAAUAAUAAAAUCUGCACAGAUAAACUUAAGAAAUUCAUUAUUCGAAGAAAGUGGCAAAAAACUGGAAAUGCAAUCAGAGCUUUAGGUAGAAUGGCUAACUUAUCAGCUUCACGAAGAAAUUCAGCUGUUUCGACAGCUGGAUCGGUACCAAGUAGUCCGAGACCAUCUUUAUCAGGCACAUCGAUAUUUAGUGCGAAUGCUACGGGACAUAUGACUUCGUUGAAUGAAGAAGAAGAUGAUUUCAAUCCAGAGUUGCCAAGUGUUGAGCUUAAACUGAAUGUAAGAAAUUCACUUAAAGUUCGUGAUAAAACACAAUGCAGUGAACGAAGUGAUUCGGGCUUCAGUGAAUGUUCGAAUUGUAGUGGAGGUGUAAAUAGCUCAUGUCACUGUCCGAAUACGGUCGUUGACAGGUCUAAUACGACAACGACCACAAAAGAUUCCGAAGAAGAUCAAAGUCCACUUUCUGUCGCUGUCCCACAUGACAUUCUCAAGACCAAGUUAGAAGAAAUAGCCAAAACUCAACUUGUUGAACACGAUGGUUCACAGACUGCAACCCAUGAAUCAAAGGUCUUGUGGGAAAAUAAGCCUGUCCACAAAGAAAAAGACUUGGAAGAGUCACCAUAUUCGGAAUCAAAGUCUCCCGAUCUUCAAUUUAACUUGGAUCAUAAAAGUCCAAAUGUCGCAACAGACCCAAUAAUGCGAUCAGACUUUACCAACACCAUCAAAAUGCGUAAGAAAUCUCUCGAAAAUAAUCUUCUCAAGGAAAAAGCAAAGCCUCCCAAAGUGAUUCUCGAAACUUCGGGUAAGGUUUCGAUGCUUAAGAAUAAAUUUAGUCAAGGUCCAGCAGUAAAAUCCGUGAGUAAUAAUUUUGAGUGCAAAACUAAUCCUAAGCCUAGCAAUGAUGUCAAUAGGCCUAAAAAUGUGUUUGACAGAUUGACGUCCAGUAACAAAUCAAAUGGGCCAUCGAAAACCUGUGCCUCAAUAUCCUUGCCAGGCUCUCCCUUACCAACACGUUCAGCGACGACAAUGCGGUUAAGUGGGCGUGUCAAGGAAGCAACCGAACGCCUAUCGCAGCCUAAGACUCCACAAGCUACAAGAAAAUUCACCAAUAAUACCACAAUCACCACAAACAAUAAUAAUAACGAAAUAAAUCUAAAGAAGUCUACUUCAGAUCAUCACCAUGCAAAGAAUCUCAAGGCCUUUAGAGGUCUUUCAUAAAAAAAAUAAAAUAUGAAACGACAAAAAAAAACGUUGAAAUUUGUCUUUCAAAAACGAGACGAAUUUCAAAGUAAUAACGUUGACUUAAAAAAACAACGAGACCCCCCAAAAUAAUUCGAAUAAAUAAUUUAUGUAGUUUUUGUGUAAUAUUUAUAGUACCUAUUUUUAUUUUUAUUUGUUUUUUUUUU